AAACUGCAAUCCAUAAACACAAAUUCUUUCACCGAGAGAAAGGCAAAUGGGGUUGAUUGGAGACGACGAUUACGAUUACUUGUAUAAAGUAGUUCUUAUCGGUGACUCAGGUGUCGGUAAAUCUAACCUUUUGUCACGAUUUUCCAAUAACAAAUUCAGCCUUGACUUCAAGUCCACGAUCGGGGUUGAUUACGCUACUCGUAGAAUUCAACUUGGUGGCCAAAUCAUCAAGGGCCAAAUCUGGGAUUCCGCUGGACAAGAAAGAUACCGAGCCAUGACGAGCCCUUACUACCGAGGAGCACUGGGUGCAUUAAUCGUGUACGACAUCACCCGAAAAGUAACAUUUGAAAAUGUGGAGCGAUGGCUAAGGGAGCUUCGAGAUCACACGGACCAAAACAUUGUGGUAAUGCUUGCUGGCAACAAGGCUGAUCUAGCACACUUGAGAGCCGUUCCAACGGACGAAGCCAAGGCGUUUGCGGAAAGAGAGCACAUGUUUUUUAUGGAAACAUCGGCUCUCAAGGCGAUAAACGUUGAAAAAGCUUUCACCCAGUUAUUGUCGCGGAUCUAUCAGGGUAAGAGCCCAAAACCAAAGGGACAAAUGAUUAAUAUUGGAAGUAAAGAUAAUCAAGUGUCUACUGGGAAGAAAGUCUCGUGUUGCUCUACGUGAGAGUUUGAAAACCACAAUUACAAGGAAAAAGAAAACGGUGUUAUGGUUUAGGGUGAA